AACUCCCUAGUUUCGCCGCAUGAGCUAACGGUCUAUAUCCCCUCGGAAAAAAUAAGCAACAUCUGCACAACUGUUUUCUUUAACGUUUUCAAAUAUGAACAGAAUUAUUCUCAGCAUAUUCGCACUUGGCCUCUGUUUUACAGUCGGCCAUGCUCUGCAGUGCUACAAAUGUGAUUUGGGAAUCUGGAACCUCUGCCUUACCAGCAGCGUCACCUGUAGUUCUGGGCAGCAAUGUUUCAGCGGUGUCGGAACAGCGGCUGGGUUUGUGGACAUCAAGACAAAAGGCUGUCUGGCUUUGGGUUCCUGCAACCAGACCACAACAACCAGUUUCCCCGCUGGCUCAAAUACUACAGUGUACUCCCUAACAAAAACUUGCUGUAACUAUGACCUGUGUAACGGCGCCCCUGGAUUGCCCCGUGCAACCUUCCUGACCUUGGCCCUUGGCACCCUGAUCACUCUUUUCAUGACUAAAGUAUUGGUGUAACAUCGUAAAGCCUUUUGAAGCCAGCAUACGUUUGUACGUACAUGCAUACGCUCAAAAUACAGAUGAAACGAUCACUAGCACCAAUCUGUUCAUGUACAUAAGAUCAGCGUAAAAUUUGUAUCGUUGAGGCCAAUUAUUAAAUCGUUAUUUAAAUGAGUAGAUUUAUCCUGGUCGAAACUGGACAUCUGUAAAUUGUCACUUUGUUUUAUGGCUCACUUCCAAUUAUGUCCCACAAACGACUAGCUUUCCUCUCCACCAUAAUUCCAUUGCACUCAAACGCUAAAGCCUUAUUUAAACCUACGCUUUCAUUUAAUGCUUUUGGCAAGUUUCCAUUGACCAAACUGGUUGGAUUACUUCCGACACCUUAGUAAGUUGAGCUCUCCUCUACAAAUGCCUAAUGUACAUAGUAACAGAAAGGCAUUAGUCGUCAAUGCUAAAAAAAGACAAUCUUUCCCUAUUUGGUGUUGGUAAUACCUACUAGUAUGUGUUGUGGGUGAUUACCUGCAUGUAAUGUCAUAGUGUGUCCCAUUUCCCAUGCUUUAUUGUAUACUAUAUGCUUAGACACCACUGGCAAUCAUCAGUUUGUACAUUAAAUGCAUACAUUUCAUGUUACCUGUAUGCUAGUGGUGCUGUUCUACAUUUGUACUAGUGUGUUUUGUAUACCCCCAAUUCCCCUUCACACACUGAAUGAGGUCACUGCUAGGAAUCUGCUAUUGUUGAUGACAAAUUAGGGUUAAUUUUGUUAUACUUUAGUUUGUCCUGCCUUGUUGGCUUGGGCUAUAUUUUAUUACUGGCCCAGUGCUCUAACUGCUACCUGCUGUGAUUAGUCACUGUUCAUUUCAGUUGAUUGGUUCUUUCAAAGAGAUUUAAGUUUAGUUUGUUGCUAAUUCUUGAUAUUCCAGCCCUAGGUGACUGAUAGCUCCACUUAUCACCCUGUUUACCAUGAAUAAUGCAGUUGCUGUAUGACGUCGCGUCCAUUCUGGAGCUAUGUGAUGAUCUAGUCCUAGAACCAUGUCAACAAUGUCGUACAUCUUUUUUUGACCAGUCAUCUUGCACAUUUCAUUUCACAUAUAAUAUGCUUGUAUUUGUCUUACGUUUUAAAUGUAUGUACAUGUAGAGAAUUCAAUCAUGCUUUAAAGUUAUAUUUUAUUAUUUUUGGGAUUAUUUUCUGUUACCUGGAAAUGUCAGAGGUAGUUAUCUGGGAACUUGUGUAUGCUAAUUUGACGUUAGCUGUCUACUAACUGUAAAUGGCUUGACUGAUUGGGUAUAUCUGAAAUCUUUGAUUUAAAACAUUUUUAAGGGGAAUUUUACAUGGCAUGGAAGUGGGGAUGGUUGGAUGACUGCAGAUUUGGUGGUUGAAAGAAUUUAUUAAAUGGUGACUUGAUAAAG